AGAGCCAUGGCGCAAGGUCGGGAGCGAGAAGAGGGCCCCUCACCCGCCGGAGGCGCAAACCUGUCCGUGAGGCUCUUGUCUCUCGGUGGUGGUGUCACUUUUUCUCCUCCAAGCCGACAAGACCCCCAGAAGUCCUGAACAUUCUGAGGCUUUGAUCGGAGAGCUUUCUUGACAAGAGCGUUGAAGAAUUCCCUUGAGACUUAUGGAACUUUAGGGCUAAAAUUUAUAUGGUGUAUUGACUCAAACUGAUCUUAGAACCAGCAUAUGUGUUCUUUUAUCUUAAACAUUGGGGGCAGUCUGGGGAGGUAAAAUAGAUACACUUCAAAUAUUUUCGAUGACCUUUUGUUAAAAGAAAAAUUUUUUUUGAAAUGCAUUAUAUUGAUGGUGACAUAUCUUUCCCCAAAGAUGGGUGCAAGGAUUCCCUAAGCAGAAUGUGCACUUUGUCAAUGACAAGACCAUUUGCUACUCCAGUGGGAAUUAUGUAAUAUUUAUUAAUAUUGAAACCAAGAAGAAGACCGUGCUCCAGUGUAUCAAUGGAAUUGUGGGCGUCAUGGCAACUAACAUUCCUUAUGAAGUUGUGGCUUUUUCUGACCGGAGGCUAAAGCCCCUCAUCUACAUAUACAACUUUCCUGGAUUGACCAGAAGGACCAAAUUAAAAGGCAAUGUUCUUCUGGAUUACACAUUAUUGUCAUUCAGUUACUGUGGCACCUACCUGGCUACUUACUCGUCUCUCCCAGAAUUUGAACUGGCCCUCUGGAAUUGGGAAUCGAAUGUCAUCUUGUGCAAGAAAUCACAACCUGGUGUAGAUGUGAGCCAGAUGUCUUUCAACCCCAUGAACUGGCACCAGCUAUGCUUAUCAAGUCCAAGUACAGUGACCGUGUGGACCAUUGAAAGAAGUAAUCAGGAGCAUUAUUUCAAAGCAAAGUCAGUAAAACUACCUCUAGAAGAUGGUUCAUUUUUUGAUGAAACAAGUGUAAUUUUCCCCACCUCGAUGCCCAAGGAUCCCAUCUAUGGACCGGUGCUGCCCCUGUCGGCCCUUGCUGGGCUAGUCAAUGAAGAGGCGGAAACUUUCAGGCCAAAAGACGAUCUGUAUCCUAUGCUUCACCCAACUGUUCAUUGCUGGACUCCCACAAGUGACCUAUAUGUUGGCUGUGAAGAGGGUCAUCUUUUAAUGAUUAAUGGAGACACCUUGAAGGUGACUGUGCUUAAUAAGGUGGAAGAGGAAGAGUCAUUUGACAGGAGAAAUCUUAUCAGUCCAGUCACCAUGGUAUAUCAGAAGGAGGGCGUGUUUACUUCUGGAAUUGAUGGCUUUAUAUAUUCAUUUAUUAUUAAAGAUUUAAAUUACAAAAUAGAGGAUUUUCUUGAGAUUGAAGAGCCUGUGGAACAUUUGAUGUUUUCUCCUAGUUACAAAAUGUUGCUGAUUCAAACAGAUAAGGGAUCUGUUUAUAUCUACACUUUUGGUGAGGAGCCAAACCUAGAUAAAGUACUAGAUGCUUGUGAUGGGAAAUUUCAGGCAGUGGACUUCAUUACACCUGGAACCAAGCACUUCAUGACACUCACACAUUCCGGGGAAGUCUGUGUUUGGUGGAUGGAGGAGUGUGUCUGUGCAAGCAGGAUUUAUCUGAGUAACCCAACAACAACUCUGGCUUGCUCUCCUUCCUCGCUCUCUGCUGCUGUGGGGACCGUGGAUGGCUGUGUCCACUUCCUCGACGUCCAUGAUGUAGAAUCCCCCAAAGCAAUUCACAAGGCCUUCCUCUCAGAGUCUUCCAUAUCUCAUCUCACCUAUGACCAGCGGGGAUUGUAUCUCUUGGUUGGAACAUCUGCAGGAAAGAUCUUUGUUAUGAAUGCCAGACCCUCGAGCUCAUUUCAAAUCCUUGGUUUCACAGAGGUGGGCAAAGACAUUUUGCAGAUAUCCACAGUGUCUCUCUUGGAAACAGAGAGAGUGAAAGUGCUGGUGCUUUACCCACAUCCAGAAGCAGGAAGAAGCAGGCUGGAAACAUUUACUCUGCCUAGGUCACUACCAGAAGUGCCUACAACCUUUGCUGAUGAUAGAGGGCGGCUGAGGAAUGAGUUCAUUCACAGGAGCCUGUAUGAGACGGAGCACACUCUGUCUUCAGCAGUCCUGGAACUUCAAAGUAACCGAAUAUAUGGCUUUUGUGACCAAGUGCCAUACAUCUGUAGCUAUCUUCUUCCUAAAAAAGAACACAGUGGUGUUUAUGUUCUUAAACCAUUUCAAAAAGUGCAAAGUAAGCAUUAUGGACCUGGAACACUCCAUCUGUCUUCUCAUGGACUGUGGGUCAUAACAAUAGCUAAAUGUGGAAUCCUGUGUGUCCGAGAUGUUUCCACUUUGGAAACAUUUGCUCGGUGUCGGAGCCAUUCUCACCAGGGGCAUGGGAUUCAGUCGAUGAGAAUUUCAAUGGAUGGACAAAGCAUUCUGGUGAAUGGGAAAGAUGAUGGAACACUUGUCUGCCUAAAAUGGAAGCGAUUUGGAGGGAACUCAGCAGCUGACAUUCUUGAGUAUUUCCAGCAGUUAUCAAAUUAUCUGAGCAGCACCAUGGAAGAGGAGAAUGAUUAUUUAAGUAAACAAAUAGUUCCCGUAGAUGUGGAACAUGACUCUGAACAUGCAGUGUCUCAGAAUAAGUCAAGCGUUGACUCAUCACAAGAGGAAUUAUAUGUAGCAGAUAAUGUGAAGGAAAUUCCCUGGAUACAACAAAAAAUGCAAGAGGCUAUCAAAAAAGAGGUUAAAUUGUUUUCCCAGAAAAGAAAAGAGAUAAAAACAGGAAUUAGAGCACUUGCUAAAACUAUCCUGGGUAUGAUGGAAGAAAAUGAACAGGUAGAUGAUAUUGCAAAAUUAGACCAAUAUGAAUUUGGCCUGGAUCUUGAGGAACUGGAAAGACUUCAUGAUGAAAAUGAGGAAGAGGUGGCAAAGAUGCGAAAGGACGUAGAGAUGCAUAACCUGGCCAAGAGCUAUCUGGCUGAAAUCAUCAAAGAAGAGUGCUGGAAUUCCAUGGUUGUGAAGGGUCGAGCUCUUAAGUGCUUUCACAUCCCCUAUGUGGUUGAGAACUUCCCAAUGAAAGAGCGCACAGCUGAAGAGCAGGAAGAAUUGAAGAGAGUCUUGCAGCAAAAGAAGACUGAAGCAGAGUGUCUUAAACUACGAAAGGAAAUUGUAGAGGUUCAGUCUGCAGCUGCAUUGGUUAAAAAGCAUCAUGAAGAGGAUGAUGAUGAUGAUGAAGAAGAAGAAGAAGAAAAUAAGCCAGUAAAAGAUACCAACUUGCCCAAUUAUCUGCUUGGUAGUUUAAGUACUGAUUUUGGGGCAGAUAUUUCUUUGUUAUCAAGCCAAUUGGAACUUCAUUCCAGAGAAGAGAAAGUCAACCAAAUUAUAUUACUGAAAGAUAUCAUUCACAAGGUAAAAACUGUUUUCAAUCAAGAGUUUGAUGCUGCAUAUAAACAAAAGGAAUCUGAAGUUGCUCGUGUGAAGGAAAGAAAUAUUAGAAUUAAAGAAAUUAUUAGAGAUCUGGACUUGGAUGAAACAGUCUGGGAACCAGAAUUUGAUGACUGUGAGAAGCCAGAGAGAACCUUUGUCGUGGCAAGUGAUGAGAUUAAAGCACACAAGCAUAUUAAACCAUGGCACAAAGCCAAAGCAGAACUGACCGUGACCCGAGAAAUGGAGCGAUGGCUUCAGACCCGGAGCACCGACACAAGACGCCGAGCCCUCAUGGACAUGAUGGGAGGCGUUCUGGAAGUCAAGAAGGAAGACAUUUUGAAAAUGGCGAUUCCUCAGCCUGCUUUCAUGGCAAAGCCUGAUGCUGUGUGGACCGAAGAGGAAAGGAAACAAUUCAAAGAUUAUGAGAAAAAAGUCAAGGAGUUAAAUGAAGAAAGAGAUAAGUAUAGAAAGUCAUUGGAAACAGAAUUGAAGAAGCUUCAAAACUCUAUUCAAGAAAGCACACAGAAUUUUGAUGACCAUCUGAAAAAACUCUUUGAAAAAAGAGUCAAAGCAGAGAUGGUUGUCAAUCAGGAGGAAUUGAAAAUAAGUAACCUUGUUUUCUCUUUGCUGUUGGAUGAAGAAUUAAGCUACAGAGAAACAUUCUUGAACAACUAUCUCACCAGGAAACAGGAGGAGAAAAGCCAGGCUUCAGAAGCCAUCCAGAAAGCCAGAGAAGAACUGGAUAUGUGCAAGGAGCACUACGACAACCUGCUGGCAGAGGACAAGGUUCUAGAUCGCAGCUUUAAAAAGGAAUUUUCCGAGAUCCCCAGUCAUCAAGUGGACAUACUCUACAAACUUUUUAAACGCCGUCCAAGGAUUCACAAACAGAAGCCUCAUUCGGAUACAGCCAGUAUCAUCCCUUUUGGAGAACGACCAGGAUCUGCCAAGUUGAAUAAGGAACACUUAGCCCAGUUGAUGAAAGCCAUGGAUGAGUUGGACAGUAUUACUAACAUGCCAGAAGGCUUGGACCCCUUGGUCUGGGAUCAUUUCUGCAUAACAAGACGAGCAAAAGUGGAAAAUGAACAGAAGGUGAAGCAGAAAGCAGCUGGCUUAGUGGAAAUGGCAGCUUUCCUUCGGAGAAGAGUGGAGGAUGAUGAGAAGGUGCAGCAGGAUAUCGAGAGGGUGUUCCACGAACUCGUUCUAUUACAGGAUGAGAAAGGAAGAUUCCAGUUGGACUUGAUGAUCCAAAUUCUUCUUAAACAAGGACAAGUAGAACUGGAGAACUUCCAGCUAAUGCUGGAAUACUCUGAUGCAAUUCUCAUCAAUAAGAACAUCAUUGAAGACUUGAAUUCUGUGAUUCGGACUCAAGGACAAAAGAAAGUUGCCAGCAUGAUGGAAAGUAAAGAUGUCCACAAGGGAAUAUUUCAGAUUGAAUGGGAACAUAAAAAAAUGGAGAUGGAAAUGGAAGAUCUGAACCAGAAGGCUUGGGAUAUCCAGAUGUUGUUUUUUUCAAGAGAUCGUCAGAAGUACCUAAAUGAACCACACUACGAGACUCUGAUUGCUAUUCAGAUUGGAAUAAUGGAGCAAACCAUUGAUGUUUUAGAUAAGACCCACAAAAAGAAUGUGGACAACUGCAAAAGACUACUCAAAAAAUUGGAAAAAUUCAGCAAUCAGAAAGAUAUAGCAAAUCAUUCACUAUGCUGCAGCCUGAGGGAAGAACUGGUAGCUGUCUCAGAGAGACAAGGCAUCUGCAAUGCAAUGGGGUCUAAACUGACUUGCGAAAAGAUUGCCAAAGAACGAUAUGAAAACAUGAUUCAACAACAGAAGCUGACAAACGUUUCCAGACAACAGGCUGCACAGAUUUCCAUACUGCAGGCUGAAGUUGAAAGAUUAAGGAUGAAAACAUUCCCUGCUCUUGUUCAAAUGUAAAAUCACUGGCCGGAAAUGCAAAGCCAAAUCAGUCAUUUUGAAAAUCAGUUUAUUUGGGUAAACUUAUUGUUCUUUCUUUCAUAUGGGGAAAUUUAAGUAGAGGCUCCUCUGAGUGUUUUAUAUUUUUAAUAGCAGUUGUUUAAUCUUAGCUUUAAUCAUCAUAUAAAUUUUUUUCUACAUGAAUAAAUGUGUAAUGAAUUUUUUAUUCAAAAAUAAGCAAGAUUUUAAGUCAGAAAGAAAGUAUUCAAGAUUUAUUUUAUACACUUAAUCUUAACUGGACCAAAGAUAUUUUCAUAGUUAUAUUAUAGAAAUUCUUAAGGACAAAAAAGAAAUUCUUAGCAACUGUUAGUAAAGU